AUGGCAACCGAGAAGACAGAGUACACUCCAGUACAGGGGGGACCCUCUGCACCAUCCCUCCCCGGACAGCCAGCAUUCCCUAUCGGGUUUGACAUGAAUAUGCCAGGCCCAAAUAUGUAUGGAGGCCCUGCUGCUCCUGGUGGUCUACCAUUCCCUCCACCAACUGCCUUUGGACCGGGUGAUUCUGGUGUACCAGCUGGUCUGCCUUUUCCACCACCAACUGCCUUUGGACCUGGUGCUGCUGGAGCCUUUGGGAUGCCAAGUGGUCCCGGAUAUAGUGACAGACCCUCUUCUUCACCGUAUUCUCCUCCAGGCCCAGGCGGCCCUGGCAGCUACAGCGGUAAGUGUCUUUGAUGUUGUUGUAUUUUAAGUGAAUUUACAAUCAUGAUAGUAAAUAACUCUUGUUUCUGCUGGUGCCAUUGAAGAUGGUAUCUACCAUCAUGAGGAGGAACCACCACCCUUUCUUGAGAACCAAGAUUUUGAUUUUGGAUUAGACAACAAAAGCAUAAGAAGAGCCUUCAUUCGAAAGGUAAGAUGUUAUAUUUGAAGGAAGGGGAAACAUCAGAAUGGUUGGAUGUGUAAGGAUGUAGCCAGUGUAUGAUGAUGUAUGCAGCACUGUUAAAAAAUUACGUGUUAUGUGUUCUAAAACAAGAGCUUUAACUGUGCAAGAAAUCCUAAUGAUUGGCUCAACCAAAUGCAUUUUUUUACACAGAUUUUAAGUGAAAUAGAUUUUUACACAUCUGCUCAAACGCAACCUUUUAGGUGGGCCUAAUCGAUAACUUUGAUAAAAUGUUACCACAGACAUUAUUCUGGUAAAGGUAAAUGGAGCUGUACUUAUAGGGCGCUUAUUUAGUCUGUCAGAUGAACCAUAGCUUUGUUUUACCUCUCAUCAUAUCCACCUGAGGCCAACAGAAUUAAGUUAGUCCACUCCUAUGCAUUCAUGCACUGUUGACUUUGUCAGAAAGAGUAAUAUAAAAUUCGGUCUUGCCACUGAGGCAUGAGACUGCAAGAGCUAAGAUUAAACCGCCAACCUCCCAAUUAAAAGAGAACCAACUGUACCAGUGAGCCACAGCGGCCCCUUGUUUCGAGAACAGCCCUCUGUGUCUCCUGCCUCACAGUCAACCCUUCUUCCCUGCAGGUGUUCUUGGUGUUAACCGCUCAGCUGAUGGUGACAUUUGCCUUUGUGGCCGUUUUCACCUUUGUGGAACCAGUCAAAGUCUUCGUCCAAGUCCACGUCUGGACCUACUUUGUGUCCUAUGCGGUCUUCUUUGUUGCAGUUUGCGUCAUCAGCUGCUGUGGUAGUGUUCGUCGACAACAUCCUUGGAACCUGGUUGCAUUAGUAAGCAAGCUCUUUUUCUUUGAAACAGGAAACAGAGGGGGGGGAGUUACAGCUGAGGAAGUUAAGUCUUAUCUGAUCUGGAACGUUGUCAUAAUUGUAUAGACCGCCCAGUUUAUUUAUGAUUUGUGUUACUCUUCCUGAUUGAAAACCUGGAUAAACAAAAGAAUGUAUACUGAUAUUGUAAACUGAAGAAUAAGACUGGUUUCUUGCUGUAACAUUUAGACUGUUGGUUUAGCGCUGCAAUAAUCGCAUAAUUUUACACAGAUUGAAUUCAGAUUCAGCUUUAUAAACCACUGUCACAGCUAAAAGAGUCGCCUUGUCUUUUCUAUACCAUGACUCUGCUCUUAGCUUCUGUGCAGCAGGCCUGAUGUGUUUGUGUGUCUUGUUUUCAGUCCAUCCUGACUCUAGCCAUGUCCUACAUGGUGGGAAUGAUUGCCAGCUUUCAUGACACUGACAGUGUGAUCAUGGCAGUGGGCAUCACAGCCGUUGUGUGCUUCACUGUGGUCAUCUUCUCUAUGCAGGUUAGUAUCCGUCUGCUAUGUAUGUCCAUCGUACUCUGAUGUGUAUAAUACAUCAAUAACCUAAAUAACACUCUGUGCCUCCUCCCACAGACCAAGUAUGACUUCACUUCCUGUCACGGUGUGCUUUUCGUCUGCUUAAUCGUCCUGAUCCUCUUUGGCAUCCUCUGCAUCUUCAUCCGUAACAGAAUCCUUCACAUCGUGUAUGCUGGACUGGGUGCCCUCCUGUUCACCUGUGUAAGUCAGACAAUCAGUUGUGUUAUAUAGGGUGAUAAUGACAGCAGUGAACAGUGUUUGGUGUUGUAAUAAGCAUAUAUGGGACUCAGUCAUUGACAUAAAUUGGUGCUGAAUGAUUUUAUUAGACACAAUUGGGAUGGUAUUUUUUGGCAGUUUAUCCCCGUUUCAAUUUUACAUAAAUUACCCUGUAGGAUUGGUCACAUUUUAAAGACAAAAAAAAACUGUCCGAUAAUUGAAGGAGUACUUAGAGCUGAGUGAGUUUGUACAUUUUAACAGAAGUAUCCUUCUGUAAAGUUUGAUAUCUCUCAACAAAUGACCUGUAAUGUGUCUCUUGCCAAUUUCCUUAGCACUCAUUGUUAUUUUAUGGCUAAGGAGGAUUUAAAGUUCGGAUAAUAUCAAUUUGCCUAAAAUGCCUGGGAAGAAACCUGUGAAGUGCUUUGAAAUAAGUCCACAGUGAUUUAAAAAAUAUGAGUGUCCACAGACAGAUUUCCUUCUUCUUGGAAGAAAAUCACAAAACAUGCUGCAAAAAUGCUCAAUUAAAUAAAUCUAUCAAGGAAAGGGAGAUGUUUUACUGCAGCGUCACACUUACAGCUGUCACUCAUGGGUAGAGAACUGAAAGAGAAAAAGGUGAUGUGAAACUGAAACACUUUUCUUUGAUUCUCAUGCAUCAAGUUUAUUUCCUCUUUUGUUAUGAGAUCUACUUCGGUUAAUACGAUGACCAGACUCAUUUGGCACGUCUGUUGUGGCUAUUUAUGUACUUUGAUGCUUUACUUGUGUCUUUCAUACAAUCGUUCUAGCCAGCAGAUCAGACUGACUUAAACACAACCUUCAGUCCAUAGGCAUCGCUAACCUUCACUCAGUGGCUACAACAAUAAUUCACGCUGUUUCUAUUGACGUUCAUGUGAAUUUAGGCACAGGACUUAGCUUGCCAGCCCCAAUACGAAGUGGUGAUUUAUAGCUUGCUAAGUUUUCUUUACAGCCACAGAUAUAGAGCUGUUAUGGCUCUGUUGCCCUUUGCAUUAGAAAUCAGAGAAAGUGAACCCUUCAAUCCAAUCUACUCCACACAAAAUAAAACAUUAUAAAUCGUGUUUUACCCCCUGCGUGCUCAAAAAUGUAUCAUCUGUACAUGGCACAAGUGAAGUCAGUCUCUCUUAAUAUUUGACGGGCCAACUCCUCAAACCAAGACCAUGAAGAAUGAUGAAAACCUGAUUUGGACUCUUUCAAUUUAAAAUUUGUGAGUUCAGACAAGAUAACCGUUUAAACCAUUGUUAUUAAUUUGUCUUUACAGUUCUUGGCAGUGGACACACAGCUGCUGCUUGGCAACAAGGAACUGGCUCUGAGCCCAGAGGAAUAUGUCUUUGCUGCUCUAAACCUGUACAUGGAUAUCAUCAACAUCUUUCUCUACAUUCUUGCUAUCAUUGGAAAAGCCCGGGGAAGUUAA